UCCACGACAAAAGCUUCAGCAACACCACGCAGAGCUACGAGAGAGCGAUUUGUAAAAAAAAAUAAAAAAAUCAGAGAUCGUCUUUGUUGCUUUGAUCAAUCCAUUACUGAGAGACGAUGCCGAAGAACAAGGGAAAGGGAGGAAAGAACAGGAAGAGAGGAAAGAACGAAGCUGAUGACGAGAAACGUGAGCUUAUCUUUAAAGAAGAUGGGCAAGAAUACGCACAAGUUCUUCGUAUGCUUGGUAAUGGUCGAUGCGAUGUUAUGUGUAUCGACGGUGUUAAGCGUCUUUGCCAUAUCCGCGGUAAGAUGCACAAGAAGGUUUGGAUUGCAGCUGGUGAUAUCAUACUUGUUGGUUUGAGGGAUUACCAAGAUGACAAAGCUGAUGUUAUUCUUAAGUAUAUGUCUGAUGAGGCAAGGCUUCUCAAGGCGUAUGGUGAGCUUCCGGAGAAUACUCGUCUUAAUGAGGGUAUUGUUGGUGAUCUCGAUGAGGAUGAAGAUAAUGGGGGUGAUGAUUACAUUGAGUUUGAAGACGAGGAUAUUGAUAGAAUCUAAGUUUGUUUGUGGUUGGCUCUGUUCCAGCUUGUAUUAUCAAAUUUGAGACACAUAUCUUCUUAGAAACUGAAGAUUUGGUGAUUACAUUACUCUUUAAAAUACUAUCUGUUAUGUAUU